CACGUUUAUAUCUUUCUCAUUAUAAAUAUUAAUGUUAUUAUGGUCUGUCUAAAGGACUGACAGAUGAUUUAAUAUAUAGAUGUUUUAUUUACGUACAGAUAACUCAUCUAUAUAUUCUAAAUAAAUUACAUAAUAAUGUUUCCCGAUUAAAUAAAUAACUGGUCAAGAUGCUGAGUUUCCGCUUUAGAAUCAGGAGAAUAUUUAUGAAAUAUUUAUUUUUUUCUAGAAAACAGUAUAAUUACGAUAAUUUGGCUUCAGAGACCAAUUAUAUAAUUAAUAUAACAUCCUAAGAAAAUUACACCCUUAUGCUUUCUGAUAAUAUAAUAAACUAACGAGCUAUAAUGUAUUUACAGGAGAAUUUAGUUCCUUGUGUUUUACUUUGAAAGAACCCAAAGGAAGUGCUUUUCACAUAUCAGCUCUCUAGCUUUACUCUGGUUGUUGUAGUUACACAGUGAGUCCACUAGGGGGCAGAAGGCUAAGUUAGCAGUUAGCUAGUUUCCCGCUCCUGAUUGGCUAAUGAAGCCCUUGUUGCUUUCUUCGUGUUUCUGCUGUUUUAUUUCUUAAAUCUUCUUUCUACUUUAACAUGAAAUCAAUGUUUUAUCUGUCAGUGUGAACUAGAAGCAGCUCCACAGAGAUGAAAACAGCCCGCAGAGACUCUGAGCGGAGCUAGCGAUGCUAACGAUGCUAACAGGCUCCAGCAGCAGCUGUGGCUCCUAAACUGGAGCUUCAGCUCCAACAGAGCUGAAUCAAAGCUCUACAACUCUGGUUUAGACGCUAAGAUGCUGAGCUUCCGGUCUGAAGAUAAAAGAUGGCGCAGCAGCAGGAAGUCCAGCAGGAUUUUGAGGAAAAACUUUUCAAGGUUCGCCCUAAGUUUGUGGAGAGAGUUUCUGAGGAAAUCCUGAAACGACUCCUUGAUGAGCUUCUAUCAGAUCGCGUCUUUAAUCAUUCAGAGAUUGAAGGUAUACUGCAGAAGAACCCAAUCAGAGCAGACAAGGCCCGGGAGACCAUAGAUGCUGUGAGGAUGAAAGGACAGAGAGCCUGCAGAUUGAUGAUCAAACGUCUUCACUUUAUAGAUCCUGCCCUGUCCAAUCAGCUGAGUUUGUCCUCUAACUCCUCUGAUUUAGAUUUUGAUGAUCGAUGUCAACAUGACCUCAAAGAGUCUCUAAAGAAUACCUUGGAAUCUAUCUAUGAAGGCAUUGCAGUACGUGGAGAGAAAACAUUUCUGAAUGAUAUUUUCACAGAGCUCUACAUAUUAGAAGGAGAAACUGGAGGGGUCAACCAGGAACAUGAGGUCAGACAGAUUGAAACAGCAUCCAGUAAUCAAGGAGCAAAAAUAAAACUGGAAAACAUCUUUGAACCCAACCCUGCUAGAAAGCAACGGAUCAGAACAGUGAUGACCAUGGGAGUGGCUGGCAUUGGGAAAACACUGUUAACACAGAAGUUCACUCUGGACUGGGCUGAAGGCAAAACCAACCAGAACAUCGACUUCAUAUUUCCAUUUACUUUCAAAGAGCUGAAUAACUUGAAAGAAGAAGCUUUCAGCUUAGUGGAACUGAUUCAUCACUUCUUUGACAAUAUUAAAGAUGCAGGAAUCUGCAGCUUUAAAAAGUUCCAUGUUCUCUUCAUCUUUGAUGGUCUGGAUGAGAGUCGACUUCCUCUGGACUUCAAGAAGAAUCCAGUUCUGACUGAUGUUAAAAAGUCCACUUCACUGGAUGUUCUGCUGACAAACCUCUUCAUGGGGAAACUGCUUCCCUCUGCUCUCCUCUGGAUAACCACACGACCUGCUGCAGCUAGUUUGAUCCCAAAUAAGUCUAUUGACAGGGUCAUAGAGGUCAGAGGGUUCACUGACCCCCAGAAGGAGGAGUACUUCAGGAAGAGAUUCAGAGAUGAUGAAGAGAAGGCCAGCAGGAUCAUCUCCCACAUCAAGAAAUCAAAAACUCUCCACAUCAUGUGUCACAUCCCAGUUUUCUGCUGGAUCACUGCUAAUGUUCUGGAGAAUGUGAUGAAGACCAGAGAGGGAGGAGAGCUGCCCAAGACCCUGACUGAGAUGUACAUAGAGUUCCUGGAGGUUCAACUCACAAUCAAGGAGGACAAGUAUGAUGGAAAAGCUGAAGAAGAUCCAGAGAACAAGAAGCUGAUUGAGUCUCUAGGAAAACUGGCUUUUGAGCAGCUGCUGAAGGGAAACCUGAUCUUCUAUGACAAAGACCUCAAAAAGUGCGGCAUCAACAUCAAAGAUGCUGCGUUGUUCUCAGGAGUGUUCACUCAGAUGUUUAAAAAGGAGAGAGGGAAGCGCAACAUCUCAGUCUACUCCUUUGUUCAUCUGAGCAUCCAGGAGUUUCUGGCUGCAGUCUACAUGCUCCACUGUUUCACCAGCAGGAGGAAAACAAAAAUGAUCAAGACAUUGUUGGGAAAAUUUUAUUUUUUCUUAUCUUUGCAUAAUUUCAUAAAGAAAGUCAUUGAGAAAUCCCUCAGCAGUGAAAAUGGCCACCUGGACCUGUUUGUCCGCUUCCUUCAUGGUCUCACUGUGGAGUCCAACCAGAGCAUCUUAGGAGGCCUGCUGGGUCAGACAGAGAACAGUCCAGGAACCAUCCAGAGAAUCAUCACCAACCUGAAGGAGAUGAACACUGAUAGAAUCUCUAAUGACAGAAGAAUCAACAUCUUCUACUGUCUGGUGGAGAUGAACGACGUCUCAUUUUAUCAGGAGAUCCAACGGCUGCUGGAUUCAGGGAAGAAGCUCUCAGAGACUGACUGUUCAGCUCUGGCCUUCAUGCUGCAGGUAUCAGAGGUUCUGGAUGAGUUGGACCUGGAGAAGUACAACACAUCAGAAUCAGGACGACUGAGACUGGUUCCAGCUGUGAGGAACUGCAGA